AUGCAGGCGGACCGGGUCGAGAAGCUGGGCAACAUGGUCGAAACCUUCAUGUGGAACGAUUCUACGGACAUGCUGGUUGCUCUGAUGGACGAUAAGCUGGCCAUCUUCAUCUAUCCAGCGGUCUGCUUCGUGGACAAGGACCUGCUGCCGAAGACCUUGGACACCAAACUUUGCACCGACGCGGGCAAGUUCGCGCAGCUCGUGGCAUUCUCCGGUUCCCAGUGCACCAUACGCAAGGCUGACGGCGCCGAUCUGGUCAUGACGACCAUGCCCUACCCACAGUUGCUGUACCAGCAUUAUGAAAAGGGCCAGUGGGAGCAGGCUGUACGUCUUUGUCGAUACGUCAAGUCGCCGAAGCUGUGGGCGUCGCUAGCGGCCAUGGCAAUUCAGUCGCGCUCGCUUGAGACCGUGAAGAUCGCACUUGCGGCCAUCGAGGAGGUCGACAAGCUCCAGUUCAUCUCCCACAUUAAUAACCUCCCCGAUGAGGUGCUACGCUCGGCAGAGCUGGCCCUCUUCUGCAAGAGGCCCGAGGAGGCGCUCAACAUCUUGAAGCAGAACAAGCGUAUCUACCGGGCGAUCAAGAUGAACAUACGCAUGCACCGAUGGAAUGACGCGCUGGAGCUUGCGCUGAAGCACCAGACUCACGUUGACACCGUGCUCGCGUAUCGCCAAAAACAUCUAGACCAGAUGAAACACGUCGAAACGAACGAGCAGUUCAAGAUGUGGGCGCAGCAGGUUCCCGUUAAUUGGGACGACAUCAAGAUGAAGAUCAAGAAUGAAAAGGAUAUCGAGCUUAGGAACGCGAGCGGGGAGGCGCCCGACCAGCCUUGA